AUGGUCGAAUCUUUGGUCAAAAGCUUUGCUCUUGGAACAUCAGCCACAGUAGCUGCUGUAGCUUUUCUCGGCUAUGCAAUCUAUCAAAAUCGAAGAGUCUGCCAUCUCCGCGCGGCCCUGGCACUGAAAAAAUACCGCGAUGCGCAUUUAAAAAAACCUUUCGAAAUCGAAACGCUCUUUUUCCCAGAUAAAAGAAUUAUUUGCUGGAACUUAUUAUUUUCGAAGUGCAGAGACGAUAGCUGCUCAUACUGCCACGAUCGAGAUGCGCCAUUGGCUCGGCUCGUACGAACUAUUCAAAAUGCCAAGAGAACCAUUGACCUGGCUCUUUUUGAAAUAACUUCAGAAGAACUUACACAAGCGAUUUUGGACAAAUUGAAAGAAGGAGUCAGAGUUCGACUGAUAAUUGACAGCGAGUACAUGAUGACGACUGGUUCAAAGCUUGGAAAGAUCACCUCUGCAGGAUGCGAGUUCAUCCACGACCACACGCACGGGCUGUUUCAUCACAAGUUCGCGAUCAUAGACUCGCAACUUGUGAUCUCUGGCUCAAUGAACUGGACUCGCCAGGCGGCUAUCGGAAACUAUGAAAAUGUUUUAUUGAUCAAAGACAAAAAUACAGCGAGCGAGUUUGAGACUGAAUACGAAAAGAUGUGGAAAGAGAUUACACAGAGGCUUAAAUCAGCAACUGAAAAGCUGCCAGACCAAGCCGGAGAUUGCAAGCUUGAUCCUUUAUCAGCCGGUAUUCUGAGCGAAAUCGAGCAAGUAAAGCAAGCUUACACGAGAGAAAAGUGGAAUAAGCUCUCGACAAAGCAACAAGAAGACAUUAUCGACGGACAUUUUGUUCCCGAAAAUGUUAGACGAAUGUAUCGAAAGAACAGUAGAGCUCGUUCUCCCCCAACAGAGGGAAUUUAUCCUCAGCGACAGAUAACCACCGGCCAGGGCUUUUACGGGAAGAAAAAUAAUAUCCAAGACGGGUUUUCAGCUCCUUUUCAUUGGGAAACUCAAAGUCAAAUCAAUGAAUUUUACAUUUUGGACGAUGAUCAACAAACUAGCGCAAAACCAUCACUUAUCAAAUCAGCCAAGGACAACUCCGACUUCAUGGGGAAAAUCAAUGCGCAGCUAGAAACAGCAGCUUCCACCAAGGGGUUCGUCCAAGAAACGAAAAGUGCAACGAGCACUCCCUCGUCUUCCAGGCCGAAGAAACUCGCCCCUCCUCCUCCUUCCCGUGAAACUCCUCCGUCUUCAGCUAAAAGUUCUAACAAGCCCUCUACAACUUCACCUCCUCGUCGAGCAAAGCCUCCACCACCACCUCGAGCACCUUCAACGCGUCGAAUCAGCGACGUUUCUGAAAUUUCAUCCUCUUUGACGCCUUCCACGCCGACUCCACCUCCAUCCCGACUUGACUUCAACAACAACGUCCCGACGAUCAAGGAUAAGCCUAAAGCGCCCCUACCUGAAGUGAAAGAAAUCACGAGGCAACAAAAAGAAGAGAGCCCUAGCAGUAUUCCGAAGCAGGAAGAUUCUGAGCCCGAGAGUCAGAACUUCUCGGAUACGGAAGAGUUAAUCAAGACGAAGAAAGAAGAGUACAACUUUUUGCUCAAUUGGUGA